AUGGCGUCCAAAUUUCUCUACGAUACAACCGAGCAAGGUGUUCCGGACAAACCAAGGAAGAAGGCUCAUUUCCUCAUUACCAUAGCUUUACAGUCCCUGAGUCUCUUAUGGAUUGCACCCGUCGUGGCAGUUCUCGUUCUCAAUUUUCAUGGAUGGAUCAUUGGCGCGAGUCUUGCAUGUGGCAUUAGAGGUUGUAAUGUGGGUUAUGGGGACUCAAAUGAGCUGCAGCGGUUCAGCGAUCAGGACCAGAACAUUCAAUCCGCCUUCCAGCUGGUCGCCAAAGCGGUAGAAAUCUGGUUUGGAGUCAUCGCCGGCAGUCUGGUGUAUGAUGUGACCAUGCACCUAUUUUCGACACGAGAUGGCCUGCCUCUAUCUUACCUGAGUCUUCCUCUGUCUCUUUCACCCGGUACGCUCCUAGAGACGUCUUUCUGGACCAACACGCGUCCAACGAGGUCUGAAAGCUGGACCAAGUGGUCGAAGUGGAUACCAGGGCUCUUCGCUCUCUUUAUUGUGGUGAUGUUGAUAGUCAGCACCUUGAUGGGCCCGGCAACUGCUGUACUUCUUAUUCCGACAUUGGGGUGGAAGACUGUUCCACAGGAUCGGACUCUGGCACUCUCUCGGAUCAAUUCGGCGGACGGCCCCUCGGCAAAGAAUACUUUACUACUAAACGAGUGUUCUGCUAGCCAGAUCGCUGAGGGUCUCUACUCAUGUAGUCCAUCCCGUCCAGUUCUGGACCUUUUGUUCCAGAACACCGUGGUCAACAAAGAUGGAGCUCCCCCUGUAAUGACUUACGCGAAUCUACCGUACUUAAUCAACACCACCGAUUUGACUGGUUUGACCUUAUACGCUCCAAAUGGACAUGCGUUGGAUGCGCUGUCCAAUGAUUGGACUGACUGGUAUAUGUCGGUAUCGUCGGGUCCUGACUAUGAAAUGGUUAGCUAUCUUGAUAGUCUGACAGAAUCAGACUGGAAACUUAUGCGAAAUGCUCGCCAAACUCAGCUCUUGCGUACAGCGCCAGCCUCCCAGGCAUUGUCUAUUUGUCAAUCAAAUACGACCUCAAUCGUCCACGUUGGCAAUGACAUGGCCGUCCAUUGCUACAACAUCCCUAACCCGGAUUACUACAACGGCAUUCGUCCUUUCGAAACGACUACUCCGUUACCCAUUAGCGACCCGGAGAGUUCUGUUAGCACGAAAUGCAUUCGUGUUGGAUCUGGCUGGGGCGGAAGUGCCAAUCAUUCGGCAUUCUCAAUUUCUGCUGAUGCAAACUCGUCCACGACAAUGCAAGUCGAUGUUUAUUCGGCCGAUCGAGCUAUCCUUCUCAACACCACAACCUACGGCUGUCUCAACGGCGCCAACUGUGAUUGGAAUUCCUUAUUUGCUGAGGAGCCAGAUCCGGCGUUUCGAAACCAGACCAUCAAUUUACAGGUCACCGAGUACAAUUUGACCGGCUACCCAACUGCGUACUGCUUCACCUCCGCCUUUGCACGGGUGCCAACGUAUUCAUAUAUCCCUACAAAUCCAUCUAACCCUUCAGCGGCGAGUCCGAUUACAAUGGACGAUUCUCAAUUCGGCGGUAUUGAUUCCUAUGUCCAUGAAGAUCCGAUGAUUUUGAAUCCGAAUUGGAUGCUGCUCGCAUGGAGUGUUGAUAUAAAUGGCACCGUACCUCACAAUAGUAGUGCAGCCAACAUCCUGGUAUCAACAUACCAAAAGAUCAGCCCUUUUGUCGAAGGUCUGUCCAGUAUUCACAAUCUGGCCGUUUCUCGGAGCCUGUUCUUUUUGCAAUACUCCGCCGUGAAUGCCACUAGUACUUCCCUGAACUACACAACCAACCCUAUCUUAGACCGUCGAAUCUCCGUCUACGUUUGGUCGUACGGGUUGCAGUCACGCACAUCCAAACUAGCUGCCGUUUUCGCUAUUUUUGGCUGUCUCAUUGUUCUUGUCAAGUUCGCUGUCGGGUUGGUUAUUCAGCCUGACCAGCGCUCCUUUCUCGAUAUGCUCGUGGGUGCUCUCGGACAAGCGCCUCCACAGGACGUUAUUGGUAUUUCUGAGAUGACUGCAAACGACGUUGCAAAACGGAGAGUCCAAAUAGGGGGGGAGAAGUGGGCCAAGUUCAAAUUCGUGCAUCUCGACUAA